GACGAGGGGUGGGGGUCUCUCCACCGCGGCUCCGAAACGAUUGAGGCGAAGGUCUGAGCAGCCGCGGGCGACCUCAGCGCGGCGCACAUCACGAUGCCUCUCUCGCCUGCCAACACGUCUGGCGACGGCGGCGGCGGAGGCGACAACAACAACAACAAGAUGAAACCAGAGCUCGAGUUGGAUGGCGUCCUGUUCACUGAAACCUUCUGUAAAGUUUGCUCUGCAAAGCUCAUCUCCGAGUCACAGCGCCUGGCUCAUUAUCAGAGCCGUAAGCAUGCCAAUAAAGUGCGCAUGCAUUCAAUGCUGAACUCAGAAGAUGGUCCUGUGCCAAAGAUGCUCCGAACAGAGGUGCCUGGCGGCACUGAGGAUUCCACAGAAGUGGAACGUAUGAAGGCAUGCACCCUUUGUAGCAUGGUCUUCAAUUCAGCUGUAGUGGCUCAGGCACAUUACCAAGGCAAGACCCAUGCCAAGAAGCUGAAGCUGAUGUUGGGCACUGAAGAUGCCACUGCUACUGUGAGCCCUGCGUCCAAAAGGGUGGUGAUCCCUCCAAGUGGUGCUGCAAACCCGGGCCCAGUCGAAGACGCUGCAUUGGUCAAUGCUUCUCCUCUGGCAGGAUCUGACCCACAAAAGCUGUGCAGGCUUUGUAAUGCAUUUUUUAAUAAUCCUGGAAUGGCAGCUCAACAUUAUGAAGGAAAGAAGCACCGAAAGAAUGCUGCACGCGCUCAAACAUUAAGGGAGCCUGCAAGUGUGGUCACAACUCCUACCCCUGCACCCGCCAAGACCACCUAUGUCUGUGAUUUGUGUAAUGUGAACCUAAACUCAAUGGAUCAAUACCAGAAUCAUCUCAAAGGCAACAAACAUCAAAACAAGCUGAAGCAAACAUCGGCAAUACGACCAGUGAGCAGUGACGCCACCGCUGAGGGGAAAGAUGAGGAAUGGAAGCCUGAGACAUCAGAAGAGGCAUUCGCCGAAGAACCCACUCCUGGCAUGGACCCAGAGUGGCUCUGAACACCUCCAGUCACACCAUCUCUUGCCACCCUCCCACUUUUGAUGUGGUUUCUGCUACAGUACAAGUCCGUCUUUGCUUACGAUAUACAAAUCUAAAAGCUUCACUGCUGAAAUAGAUUGACUAGUCUUUAGUGUAUUGACCAUAUAUUGUGUUUUAAUGUAGUAAAAUAAGUAAUGCUCGAUUUGUUUUAAACUUGCAUAAAGCUUUUCAAAAGGCACCUAUUAUAGUACGGUGUGGAAAAAGUUAAACGUCCAUAGUUACAGUAUGUAAGGAUAAAAUGUCGUUUGGUUUAGCUUUUUUUUACAUAAUGCGUUUCAGAUAUUCAAAUGAGUGUUUUUUUCAUUACAUUAGGUAGUUAAUUCAACAAACAAUAAAGUUGGGGUGUAAGAAUCGC